AUCGAAUCCUGAGAAUAAUUCCGAGGGCUAGUCUGGCAAUUUAAAAAUCACGAGAUUUUUAUGAACAAACCCAUUAAAAACCAUAAUUGGACAUCGGCGGCGACGAGGCUGAGAAAACCGACGCGGCCAAGAGCCCCUUUCCCGAUUACAGUAGCUAGCUUUUCUCGAAAUCGAACCUCUCUUUAGGGAUUCUUCAACGAUGGCUUCCAUAUCGAAUUGGGUCCGAUACAUGGCUCACAAGCUGGAGUACUCCCUCACUCUCAGCCUCAAGAAGCAUACUAGAGAGAAACUCAGUGACCGGGAACUCAUUGGUAUAGUCGUGAAGAAUCUGUUCUAUGGAAGGAUAACCUACUUACACUCGGGUAAAGGACCAGAGAUGGCCCCAACCAUGGGAACAAAUGAGAACACGUUACUUGUCCGUAAGCUACCAGUUGUUGAUACGAGGUAUGUUUUCAUUGGAGAUGCCGUUGUCUUGAAGGACCCAAAUGAAACAAAUAAGUAUCUAGUCAGAAGAUUAGCAGCUAUAGAAGGAUCCGAAAUGGUAUCAAGUGAUGAGAAAGACGAGCCUUUUGUUCUCGAAAAGGAUCAGUGCUGGGUUGUAGCUGAGAACCAAGAGAUAAAAUCGAAGGAAGCAUAUGAUAGUCGAACAUUUGGUCCGAUUUCAAUGGCGGACAUAGUAGGAAGAGCUAUAUAUUGUCUGAGGACAGCAGUGGAUCAUGGUCCAGUAAGUAACAGUGAAUUUGCCAUGGAAGAGGAUUCUCCAAUCCUGGCGGUAGAACUUGACGUGGAUGAAAUGGCCAAAGACCACAAGGCGUAAUAACAAGGAACCUUCACCGUCUCUUUUGUAACCCUUUGCUUCCGUUCUAAACUCCAAUUUAGAGAUGCCACUGGAGAUGUUUGUGCCAAAUGUUAGCCGUUGGUUCUGAGCACUGUUGAGUGUUGAGGAAAAAGUUCAUUAGCUUCUUCCCUCUUUGAACAACCAUUUAUUUUAGAGAAUCCAAACCAUGGUUUUAAACCGAACCGAACAAGACUGUACCGUAAAACAUAAUCUGAAAUUGAAUCUGAUUUUAAUUUGGUUAACUAAAUUCAUUUGUUUUGUCA